AGAAGAAGAAGAAGAGGCAGCAGUAGUAGACGUCACUAUAUGGUGCACGUCACGAUCGAACGCCAUUCCUAGAAGAAGCUUUACGUGGCAACUCGUCUUCGGGCUCUCUCUUAACCAUUCUCAACUGCUAUCCGUUCCUGACCUCCCACUACUUAUUUUACCAAAUAACCAUGCGUCAUUCCCAGAUGAGCUUACCUUCGCGGCAUUCGGCGCUUUCUACCCAUUCUGUCGCGGCUGCAGUUACAGGCAAAAGGGCUUCUAUCAAGGGCCCUACGCUGGACGACAUGGCUGAUAUGCUGCGCCCGGACACUGUGCUGGCUCGGCCACCGGUCAGCAUGUUCCUCAAAUAUGGCAUCGACAAUCCUGUUUUCGACCAGACUGUGACGCCUCCAGAGUUCGUGAACGACUUGACCUAUACCACGACCGUAAACUUGGUGCUGAAGGACCAGUUGCGAGCUUUCUUGCUGCCAAGCAAGGCGAAACGAACGGCGACAUUGCUGCAGGAUGCAGAGAUGCAAACCAUGUCUGCCGAGACACUUCGCAAGAAAAAGCAGAAGUGGGUCAUCGAUCCAAAGGGCAGCUUCAGGAUCUUGUGGGACGGAUGCAUUCUAAUAUUGGUGAUUCUCAAUAUGUUCCUCAUCCCGCUGGACGUGGCCUACUUCAGCAGUGCCAGCGAUGAACCCCUAGAGUGGACAGCAUUCAACCUCAUGUCGGAUGCCGUCUUCCUCGUUGACAUCGUCUUUAACUUCAGGACGGGCGUGUUCACUGAUGAUUGCUACCAGGAGGUGAACAUGGAUCCGAAGUUCAUCACGUGGCACUAUCUGAAAGGCUGGUUCUUCGUGGACCUCGUGAGCAGCAUUCCUCUCGACUAUGUCUCUCUCCUUAUCUCCGAACGUGUUUACGUGCUACGCGUCGUCCAUCUCACGAAGUUCCUGGCGUUGCUGAAGCUGUUCCGCCUCUCAAGACUCGUGCGCUAUCUCAUUCAUGUGGAAGAGAACUUUUUCUUCUUUUCCAGGGGCGUGUACCUCCGCAUGUGCAACACUAUGGGCAUGAUACUCUUGAUCGCCCACUGGAAUGCUUGCCUGCAGUUCUUCGUGCCACGAUUACAGGGCUUUCCAGACGACUCCUGGACAGCAGACCUUCAUAUUCAGAACGCCUCCUGGUUCGCGCAGUACUCCUGGUCUUUCUUCAACGCUCUGUCCCAAAUGCUGUGCGCGGGCUACGGAGGCAGUACGCCACGAAAUUUGACAGACAUGUGGCUUACUAACGUAGGCAUAGCGUCGGGGGCCAUCAGCUAUGCUCUCUUACUGGGACACGUAGCCAACAUGAUCCAGGCCAUGGACCAUACUAAGGCGCUCCACAGAGAAAAGAUGAAUGAAGUAGAAGAUUACAUGACCUACCAGAACUUCCCCAGAAGGCUGAAGAACCGUAUGCGAGACUACUUUGAGAACCGGUACCAUGGUCGCGUGUUUGACGAGGAGAGCAUACUCGACGCACUCUCCGAUCCCUUGCGGGAGGAGGUUCUCCGUUACAACUGUCGUGUCAUGGUGCGUUCUGUACCGUUCCUGGCCAAUGGCGACCCUGAUUUCGUGGCCGAUCUGGUGGCCGUAUUGAAGCAGGAGUUCUACCAGCCGGGCGAUGUAAUCGUCAAGCAGGGGGCCAUCGGCUCUAAAAUGUUCUUCAUACAAUCCGGAAAAGUGAGCAUCGUCCUUGACGACGGAGACGUUCUAGGCAUCGUUUCUGAGGGAGCGUAUUUCGGAGAGCUGUGCCUCAUUCGGCGGACCAAGCGACAGGCGAACGCGAUUGCACAGACGUACUGCAACAUAUUUACGUUGUCGACGGACAACUUCAAUGAACUACUCGAGAAGUAUCCAGCAGUCCGUAUUGCAGUGGACGCCAUUGCUGAAGAAUAUUUUCCUGACGAGAAGGAAGUUUGAUUAUGUAAACAGUCCUCUUUAUGGGACUCAGCUGCACCUCACACGUUAUUGCUCUUGGGUAUAAGCGCUGAAGUCUGCAUGAAACAUGUAUGGCUAUGCGAAUAAUGACGUUCUCAAGUGUGGGUAAUUGUGCAAAGGAUGAAUAAAAGUAGAAAUUUAAUUCCCA